CAAAGUCAAACUCACCUACCUACUGUAAAGCCUUCCAAAGAGCCAUACCCCUAGUGAAUAGAGUCGCAUCCACACGCAUCCACCAUGCCACCCAAACGCACCUCCCGAUCUCAAAGAAAAACCAAUCCAACCCACGACACUUCCCAAGACGAAGCAUCCAGCAAACCAAGACCCAAAGUUGCAAAGUCAACGUCUACCAAAGCUGCCCCAAAUGCCGAAUCCCUCACUAAAUCACCAACCCAUUUCACAAUCCCCAACCCCUCCAAACCAACCGCCAAACCAAUCCACUGCCUCCACCACUGUCCUUCUAACACUAGUCCGUCUCUAAUCUUCACCCACGGCGCCGGCGGUGACCUCUCCGCCCCCGCCGUCGUCGACUUCUCAACCGGAUUCACGGAAACAUCCCCACUGCUCUGCUUCGAAGGGAGCAGUAACCUCGCCUCCCGCGCUGCCGCAUUCGCCGCUGUCAUCGCGAACGAGGAGUCAUCUACUAACGGCUUCGCGGGCGCGUUGGGUGGGCGCAGCCUAGGCGCUCGCGCGACGGUGGUUGCGGCCACCGCGUUAUUGAAAGGAGGAGGCGAAGGACCGCUGCGUUUGGUGCUGGUGAGCUAUCCGCUGAAUGGGCCGAAGGGGGCUGUAAGAGACGAGAUUCUGCUAGCGUUGCCGAAGGAGGUUGAGUUGCUCUUUAUUAGUGGGAGCAGGGACGGGAUGUGUGAUCUUGCGCAGCUAAAUGAGGUGAGAGCGAGGAUGGAAGCGAAAAGUUGGCUAGUUGUGGUGAGGGGGGCGGAUCAUGGGAUGCAUGUUACGCCGAAGACGGCGACGGCUGCCGUUGGAGAAGAGACGGGGAGGGUGGCGGCGGCAUGGUUGGGCGGAGAGAUGCAAUUUCUGCCGGAUGUCGAGAUUAGGUGGGAUCAGGAGGAGGGGCAGGUCACUAGGGGGCAGUACGGCGAGGAGGAUGACGUCCCGGCGUCGAAUAGAAAGGCGAAAGAUAAGCUUGUCACGAAGAAGGGGGAUGUACCACUUGCGCGGGCAAGGAAGUCGGAAGCAAUGCCAUCCAAGGACGCCAAAGUCUCGACAGAGCAGCCGGACAAAGAUGGGAAGCCGAUUAAAAAACGGAAAAGCGCUGCCAAUGAUCUGGAAACCUCAACGCCUGCUUCAACCCCUUCUGGAAAUGCGAGAUCCUCGAAACGGAAGAAUAGGGCCACAAAUUGAACACCUCAACCAAAGACUCAAUAUGCCCGGAAUCGAGGUCGUACGUCCCUCAUGCUAUCAAAGCUUCAAGCUGGCGUUCCUCUUGAUUGCAGACCGUAGUAAAAUCACCGGUGGGGAAACUUUAGGCUCUUGUAAGACCAGUAAAACUCUCGAAUAUGACCCCAGUGAACUGGAAUAUCGUCGCAGCGUGCUCAUAGCUACUAAUAACGCCCAUUGAGUACCUAAACAACGGACUCUCAUCCCCCAUCUCCGCCAACUGCUCAUCCGUAUACUUUUCCCUGACCUCUUCAACCGGAAUAGCAGCUCUCUUAGCAUUGAUGU